GCAAAAUGGACGCCUUUGUGUCUGUUUUCUUCGCAUUCCCACUAUAAAUACGGUUUACGGGGCGACGCAGCGCCUGUGACGCGGCGAUGUUUGCGCGGCGCCGCGUGAAACGCGCGUGAAGUCAGUGUCGUGAUCGCGAGCCGAGCCCGCGAGCCGCCGUGGCCGACGUGGAAACGCGUCCAACCAAGUAGGCCAACCGUAGUAGCCCGCGGAUGACAAUUGAGCGAGCAUCGCCCGGACGACGGUGUUCCCGCGGUGAGUCCCGAGACGGGCCGCCGCCGCGCCAGCCGCCACGACGUGCCUGAGGAUCCGCCGGCAGCCGCGGAACGACGCGCAGCGGCGAAACGGCGCCCGGCCUCCCGCCAAAAACCAGCCGCGGACAGCGGACCGAGCGCGAUCGGCGACGUAAAUAGUCCGGGGUAAGCCGAGUGACACGGAGCUGUCACGUCGCAGCCGCGUCGCGCAUCCCCGUUGCCGCUGCGCCGUACGGCGACGUUGCCUCUCCGCAAACGGGUGAUCAUACGAAUUCUCUCUGCUUGCUUGUCCGCCAGAAACUCCGACGUUCGUCGUCCACAGGAGGAUCUCGUCCGUGGGGCUCCCCCCCACCCCCCUCCGCCCCCAUCCCGUGUGUUGUUAUAUCGGCACUGAUCGCUUCGAGGGUAUGGUGCGGCGCGACGUAUGAUGCUGGAUGGUGGAUUUUUAUGCAAAGAAGGACAACAAAGUAUCGAUAAACAUGGAUCGUUUGUCGGAAGACCCAAGAGCUUCAUCGAAAUUCGGCUGAAACUCUUAUUCGCAACAUGGGAACUUAAAAGAGACUUUGUUAAGUUCCCGAUAUUUGCCUUAGUGCUAGUGUCCUUCUGAGAAGAUUAGAGACUAUUCUGUUCAGCGGUGAAAUAUUUGUGUCGGUAUGUCUUGAAAUGCGUAGUGAGAAAAUUUUCACCAUGAUUUAUUUAAACGUUUGUGGAGACAGUGCAUUUAGACACGUUCCAUUGAUUUACGAUUAUCACAUAUGAUGAACAAGUACUCGUAGUAUGCCUGUGUAGUGCUCGACGCAUUGUCUUGUCCCACGAACCUUACGUGACUAGGAAGCUUGCGAACACUGGAAAUUGAUUUCGAUUCUCUUUCUUUUGUCCAGGCUGUAAUGCCAGAACAAAUCAAACUCAAAAUGAAUGGGGUUGUACCGAGUGUGCCAAUCACUACCCUCGCUGGUAUUGCGAGUCUCACUGAUUUGUUACCCGAAAUGCCCCUACCAACUCCACUGCCACAGACUCUCACUAAUAAAUCGCUGCUGUUCCAUCCACGAGUGGCGGAGGAGGCGCAGAUAUUGCUAAGCGUUCGCGACGAGAAUCUCGUGCCGCAGUUAAUAAUGUCUUUGUCACAGACCUCGUCGGAUCAUAUUGAAUUGAAGGACAAUUAUGCGAAUACCGAGCAGUCGCUGGAGAACGAGCAGAACACGCCGGAGCUGCUCAAGGCGAUCUUACAGAUAAAUCCCCACGUAUUCAGGGGACCGCAACACAAUUCACCCAGGAACUGGACUCAAGGUGCGCCUAUGCUGCACGCGAAUCAGUCGCCAGCGAGCUACGGUCGCUUCUCGCCGUCGUACUCGAGUUCGUCGGGCUCCAGGCAGACGCCGCAAGGUAGCCCUGCUCCUCCCGCGGCGGCCAGGUCCGUGCUCCCGCCGCCGGUGGCUAGCAACAUCGCUCAUGCCCAACAUCCGCGUAUGCCGAUCACUCCGCAGAAUCACACGGACAUCUCGCAGAUGUCCCCCUUCGCUGUGCCUUCUCCGUCGCCCAGAGGCAACGUUAUGACCGAACAAACGAGAACGUUGACGACGCCCCAGCAUAUGCAGGAGGACGCGAACUGUAUAAACCCUCUGUCCAACGUUGCUCUUCAACCGAACAUGUACUCGCCGGCCCACAUGAGCUCGCCCAACGCGCCGCUGACGUCUCUCGGCAACGUGACGCCUCAGCACCACAACAUGGCUGGUAUGACGCCGCAACACAACAUGCACAUGACGUCCCCGAUGCGCACCAAUAUGCCGCUGCAACAGCAACAUCCGGUCAUAGGUAUGCCGCAGAAUCUUUACGAUCCCAUGAUGAAUCAGCAAGUGCAUCAUGCGUUAGGGAGCGCUCAGCCCUUGAACAUCGAGAGCGCGAUGCAAGAAAACCAACAGUUUCUCCUCGAUCCUGUUACUGGCCUUCCCGAUAUCGAUUUGCCGAUAGAGAACAUUGUCGCAAAGCAAGCCGUGGAACAUGCGGUGCAACACUUAUUGCCGGCCCCCCAAACCACGUCCUACCCGAAUAUACACGCCACUGACAUGGUUAACGCUUUGGAUCCGACUGCAAUUAGUGUUGCUCCCAACAUGCAGCAUCAGCAAAACAAUAAUUCGGACAGAAGUAUGAAACUUCCUGGCACGACGUUGACGGAAAAGCUGAAGGAGCCCGUGGUCAUGCUAAACAGAUUAUCGUUGGCAGACCAGGCGCUUAUGCAGAAGAGUCUGGCCGCGUUCGCGGAGAAAUCGCCGAGUCGCGCUGCGAAGAUGGGUAUCUCGAAUCGCGACGACAUGUCGAAGACCGAUUCGGAGAGCGAGGAGGAGAUCGGCAAGAAUAACAAGUACUUCAAGGCGCGCGCGAAGGAGCGGCAGGUGCAACGGGAGAAGGAGAGGGCGGAGCGACGGAAGAGCGAGGAUAAGACCCGCAGACGGAAAAGGAUAACGGAUGAUGACGAAGAGGACGACAAGCGGGACACGCCUACGAAGCCAAAAAUACGCAAGAUCGAGAAGAAGCUAGUGCCUGUGUUAGCGAAGCUCAGCGUAGAAGAGUUGAUGGAGACCAAUACGUAUCAGCGAUUCAACUCUACCAUAGAGACGAUUUUCGAGAAUACCGAAGACGCCACAGCGAACGCCGAUCUGGAAGACGACGGUGACGUGUCACCGGAGAUGCUUAUACCCAAGUAUCAGCUGCACGAUCUGUGUACGGAAGCGGCCAAGCUUAAAACGCUCGGCGCUAUGGAGUCGAUACCGACAGAUCGCUUGGUGAGACUGCUGAACAUUCUGGAGAAGAAUAUACGAGACGGUGCGAGGGUCUCGCCGCUCGUGGAUCCGGACGAUGACGUCGAGGAAGGACGAUUGUGGAUGCAAUUGGCGAUGGAACGAGUACAGCGUGCCGUGGACGCGUCGCUGAUCGCUCUGCACAUUAUGACCUCCAGCAAUAUGCCGAAGACCGUCUACUUGGAGGACGUGAUCGACCGGAUAGUACUUUUUAUGAAAUUUCAGUUGCAGAACACGAUCUAUCCCUCUUUCGAUCCCGUUUAUAAGAUAGAUACGAAGAACAAGACUAACAAUUAUAAUUCUAGCGGACGCAAGAAGCGAGGCCAUAUGAAGGAGGUGCGCGAGAAGAGCAUUCUGCAGGUUUACAACAAGAUGCACGAGCUGGUGGGUCUUCUGGCCGAACUGUUGAACAUACAGGUUUUAACGGACACGAGUGUUCUGCACGCAUCGUCGUUGGGCGUUGCGCCAUUCUUCGUCGAGUCGGUAAGCGACCUUCAAUUGAGCGCGUUGAAACUCGUCACCGUAAUAUUCACCAAGUACGAGAAACACAGGAGACUACUGUUGGACGAUAUUCUGGCGUCCAUAGCGAGACUCCCGAGCAGUAAAAGGAGCUUACGCACGUACAGGCUCAAUUCUGAGGAUCACAUACAGAUGCUAACCGCGUUGGUUUUACAGCUCAUCCAAUGUGUGGUAGUCCUGUCCGACACUAAAUCGAAGGAGGAUGACGAAAAGAAGCCCAGUCACAUCGACGCCGAUGUUUUUAUCAUAAACAGAUACGAGACCGCAACCAGAAUCGCUGGCAAUUUUUUAACGGUAUUUCUCAAUAAGUGCGGCAGCAAGGGCGAGGAGAUCGAUUACAGACCUCUGUUCGAAAAUUUCGUGCAAGAUUUACUGGCGACGGUGAACAAACCCGAAUGGCCCGCCGCCGAGUUGCUCUUGAGCCUUCUUGGAAAUCUGCUGGUAGGACACUUUUCCAACAAAAGCUCCGACAUGUCGCUUCGAGUAGCGUCCAUCGAUUAUCUUGGCGUGGUAGCAGCCAGACUACGCAAGGACGCGGUGAGUUCGCAGUGCAAAUUGUCGACCAUUGACCAGAUCAUACGGGAUAUCAAGCUCGAGCAGCAAAAGGAUUCGGAUUACGAUCAGAUAAAAGACAAGGAGAUCCCGGGACUGAACGAGGAUGAGGAGAGGACGGUAUUCUUGCAGAAAGUACUUCUGGAUUAUCUGGCUGUCAACGGGACGAAGGAUUCGGCUCUCGGAUACGCGCGCCACUUUUAUCUGGCGCAAUGGUACCGGGACUGCACGCUCGAAAAAUCUCGAGUGGGCCAGUCGAAAAACAGUCCGAGCAAGAAGAUACAGAAGAAACGCGCGAAGAAGAAGAACCGGCAUCACAGUAGCGACCAGGAUACCGAGUCCGAACUAGAGGAGCAAGACGCGGACGAAAACGACAAUAAUGAGCAGAAGAAUUCGGAAGCUUACCGGAUCAUCGAGGAGAAGAAAAAGUAUAUUGUCAGUAGAAUAAGGCCGUGUAGCACGGGAACCAAGCCGGAUAUCUUGCAGACGUACAUCGACUAUAAUUCCGCGGAGCUGAUCUCGCAGUACCUCGCAUCCAAGAGACCGUUCUCGCAGAGUUUCGAUAGGUACCUCAAGCAGAUUCUUCACGUAUUGACGGAAUCGUCGAUCGCCAUCAGAACCAAGGCCAUGAAAUGCCUCACGAUGAUCGUCGAGGCCGAUCCGAGCGUCCUGGCGCGGGUGGACAUGCAGUUAGGCGUGAAGCACUCGUUCCUCGAUCAUUCGACGUCCGUACGAGAAGCGGCGGUUGAUUUGGUGGGUAAAUUCGUCCUGAGCAGGCCAGAGCUGAUCGACAAAUAUUACGACAUGCUUUUGGCCAGAAUUCUAGAUACUGGUGUGAGCGUGCGUAAACGCGUCAUCAAGAUUCUCAAAGAUAUUUGUAUGGAGUGCCCGAAUUUCCCCAAGAUUCCCGAGAUAUGCGUGAAAAUGAUAAGGAGGGUGAACGACGAGGAGGGCAUCCGCAAGCUUGUCAUGGAGGUUUUUCAAAAUAUGUGGUUUACCCCGGUGAGAGAGCGACCCACCGUUGACUCCGAAUCGUUGUUACGAAAGGUGAUGAACAUCACAGACGUCGUGGCGGCGAGCAAGGACAUGGGGCUCGAGUGGUUCGAGCAACUUUUGGUGAGUCUGUUUAAGCCGAAAGAAGACAAGGACGACAGCACGAAGAUGCAAACGGAGCCGCCACGGGCGUUGCUGACAGCGUGUAAGCAGAUCGUCGACUGUCUAAUUGAGAAUGUACUGCGGCUAGAGGAGACGAAUCUGGAAGACUCGGAAAAAUCGGGGAAAAAGGGCUCCUCACAGAGACUGGUCGCAUGCCUGACGACGCUCUAUCUGUUUGCGAAAAUCCGGCCGCGGCUGCUAGUUAAUCACGCGAUCACUCUGCAACCUUAUCUGAGCUUGAAAUGUCAGACGCAGGGUGAUUAUCAGAUUAUCAGCAGCGUCGCUCAUACGCUCGAGUUGGUGGUACCUCUGAUGGAACAUCCCAGCGAAACUUUUUUAGCACAACUGGAAGAGGACUCGGUGAAACUGAUCUUGCAACACGACAGGUCUGUCGUUGCAAGCUGUCUAUCAUGCUUGGGCUCCAUAGUUAAUAACGUGACGCGGAAUUUCAAGCUAAUACGAGAUUGUUUCAAAAAAUACUAUGGACACUUGACGGAGUACAAAUCGUUCUACGAGAAGGAUCCAACAAAUCCCAUGCUGUUGAAAUGCCGACCCUUUUUCCGGCGAGCGCUGUUCACGGUUGGUUUGCUGCUGCGCCACUUCAAUUUCAUGGAUCCGGAGGUGAUAGAAGGCCUGGCGGACAACAUCAAGGAUCAGGUUUUCGAGACACUUAACUACUUUGUUCAUCUGGAUAACGUUGAUAUACAAAACUUUACCUUGUCAGCCAUUGGUUCGCUCUGCAUUCGACACUACGAGUUCAUGAUGCUGCCGGAACUCAAAGAGCUGUAUCAUCAUUUACUCACGUCGGAGCACGCGCUGGUUCACAUGAGAAUUCAAGUGCUCAACAACAUCGAACUAUAUCUGCAAGAAGAGGAGAAGCGGAUGAUCAAGCAAGAUCUUGAGUGGGCGAAGUUGUCGAAGCAGGAGAAUCUAAAGGAGAUGGGUGACGUGUCGUCAGGAAUGGCGAGUACAGUUAUCCAGCUGUACAUCAAAGAGAUCCUCGAGUCCUUUCUACACGCGAACAUAAACGUGCGGCACGCCGCUCUCAAGGUCAUCCAACUGAUCCUGGCGCAGGGUCUGGUGCAUCCCGUCCAGAUAGUACCAUAUUUGAUCUGCAUGAGCACCGACUGCGAGAAGAUGGUGAGCCACAGCGCUGACAAACAACUGCAAGACAUCGAGAAGAAAUAUCCCGGCUUCAUUCACAUGAAGUCGCAGUUUGGCAUCAAGCUAAGCUACCGGCUGCAGAAGAUCCUGCAGAAUGAUAUCACGGUGAGAGGUAUGCGAAAGAAGGAUGGCGAGUUCCCGAGCGCGCUCAACGGCUUUCUUUACACGAUCCUGCGCAACACGAAGCAACAGAGGCGAGCGAUCGUGCUGUCCUUUCUCAAGCACUUUGACGAGUCAGCCAAGACCAGCCUGUCGCAGAUGCUGUACUUGGCGGAUAAUCUCGCUUACUUCACAUAUCAGGUGCAGGACGAGCCGCUCUUCAUAAUCCAUCAUAUCGACAUUAUCAUCUCGUUGUCCGGCACGAAUCUGGUGCAAUCCUUCAAGGAGGCUUUGCUGCCUAAAGAAGGCAGCGCGCAAUCGCAUUCACAGUCUGCACAACCCGGACACUCGUCGGGGCAAAUGGCAACGACAACGACGGGCCCGGACGGGCAACCGAGGUCGGAUCACCUGCUCACAACUCUGGAAGAUGAGGAGGAUGACGAAGAGGACGAGGAAGCACUUUUGACGAGAUUACCAGGCAACACCACUCUGCUCAGAGAAUACAUCACCGCCAGCCAAGGCUUCCUACUUCUCUUGACACUCCGGCAGCACCUCAAGGACCUUUACGGCUUUUCGGACGCGAAGAUCGGACAGUACUCGCCGUCAGAAGGGGCCAAGGUUUACGAGAAGGCAGUGAACCGCAAGAAUAAUUUGCAUUUUGAACCCAAGGCUACGCUGCAGAGGCUGCGGGAGGGCGCUAGCGACUCCAAUCAGACGUUGGACGCGAACGGUAGAAAGAAGCUCGUGAAGGAGUACCUGGACUUCAAACAGCUCAUGCUCAAGUUCGAUCCCGAAGAGCCGGACGACGACGGCGGCAACGAUGCAACCGGCGCUGACACCAGUGGUGGUAGCGGUAAGCAGCACGGCGCGGGGAAUCCGCAAACCACGAGGAUACCGCCGCAUCCCGAGACGAACGUUAGCAGGAUGCUGCCGGGUGGCACCAUGAUUGUCCCAGGGGAGGGUGUACCUCUGGCCGCCAUGAGCGGUCAACAGUUUCAGUUACCGCCGCAACCGAAUUUGAACGUUGCUCCGAUCGAGCACCCGAACAACUCGAUGAACUCGCUGCCGAUGACGGCGACGGCGACGGCAGCGGCCGCAGCGGCGAUGGCCGCAGUGAUGCCGACGAUGCCAAUGCCGAUGCCGACGACGACGCCGCGAGUGCCCAAGCUGACGAUACACGCCCAUCCGGACACGAGGGACUCGCACCGCAAGCACCGCGCGCACAAGGCGGACAAGUCCGUGAGGAAGCACAAGAAGAAGAAAAGGAGAAGAAUCUCCGACAGCAGCGACAGCGGCGAGGACUACAGUGAUCCUGACUUCCUUGUGUGAGUGCGGUGGUAUAUCUUGUCCUGUGUGUACAUAUACAUGUUCGUGAUGAUGGUGUAUGCGUGUGGUCCACCGGCUGGAAUGAUUCUCGUUCCAUGCACGAAGCUCGGGACGCUGCAUCAGCGCAAUGACCCCUGUCCCCCGUCCCCCGAAAACGAUUCUCUUCCCCUGUCCUUCGAAAUAGUAUGUUGCGACUUCGAAGAUGGUUCGACGGACCGUUUCGGGUCGAAAAACUACAUAGAGACUAUAAUAGUAAUGUGGAAAUGCGUGCGAACAGGAGAGAAAGAGAGAUCUUCGAUAGGAAUGAUACACGGAGGUUUUUAAGUGCGAUCGAACGUUGAGUUAGGAUUAGAGUGUUGUUGGUCAAAACGGCGGGCGUUUGUGAGGUUUAUCGAUCCGCCAUGCCGUUGUUAGCGAGAUUGGUUUGUUAAAUAAAAUUUCGGUUCGAGAAGUUGGUUCGUCAAGAUGAUUUCCUUUGCUUCUGUCCUGUCUUCCGAGCCUCCGGGAAAAGACAAUGCUUCCGGAUAAUUAUCGGGAGCCACCCGUUACGAUUCCGAAAUGGCACAGAAGACGAGGAAUUCAAAGAUGCAACGGACCAACUUUCUCGAGAGAAAGUCUCAAGUACAAUAAAUUACGCUCGAACAAAAUUUAUCUCUAAAUAAUGUCAUGCAGUGACAUGACCGGAUUAUUGAUUGAUUCUCUUUCACAGAUUUAAGAAACAACAUAUAGUUUGAUCGAUAUCGAUACAAUUUGUUGUUUCUUUUAUUCAUUGUUUCAAGACCGAAUUUGGAACAAGUAAACAUUGCUUAUUUCGAUAAUGCUCUAUUUUAUGAAAAUUUAAUAAGAAAGUACAUUUACAUACUCACAGUAAAAAAAUUUGAAAUUAUUUGUUUUUAGUGAUUUUUGGAGUUCAAAUUUACGCUCUGCAAAGAAUAUUCUCACAAAUAUUAAACAUUUGUAAUAACAUCAAGUUUUGUCAUCAAAAGAUAAUAAAAUAAAUUGCUAUGUUAAGAUGCAACAACAAAUUUGAUAGAAGGAUAUAUUUAAAUGUUCUUAUAGUAUUUACUAUUGUCUAAUAGUAAUUUAAUAAAAGAUUAUUUAGAAUCAAAAGUUUAUAAAAAUUUGUAAAGUUUAUUAUAAAAAUUUUUUACUUUUCGAGAUCUUUUAAUUUCAAUAUUUGUCUAUAUUAUUUAUUAACUUUACUUAUUGACUUUAUUCACUUUCUUAAGAAAAUUAACUUUUGAAUUAUAAUUUAAUUUUCUAGAUUACGUGAGUAAUUCAAGGAAAAAAUCUUACGUGUACAUUUCGAAGUUUCAAUGUUAAAAUCAGUAUUAUCGACAUAAGCACUAAUUGCUAAGCUUUCAAAGAGCAAAUUACACCAAAUUUAACAAACAAUACGAACAGAACUUCGAUGGAGGGCGGACCUGUAUAGACCUUCCCCCGCAGUGUGUAUAAUAAUAGAAGUGUGUAGCAGAACGCAUUGCCUAUGCAUUAUAAGAAACGUUGUUUGUAAUAUCUGUACAUAAAAAUCUUCAAGUAAAGUAUCUUAUUUUCUUACAAACUAUAUAGCGGUGACAUUUACGAAGAAUACUUAAGAUUUUGUUGUAAUAUUAAGUAUUUAUUCAGGAUUCAUGUUGUGUCCCAAUAUAGUUUGCUUUACGCACUCACUCGUCCUUGGUGUACGAAACGGCGAAAACAGAAAAAAAAAGAGAAGAACAAACAAAAGUAUCGUUUUUAUACAAGCUUAUAGAGAUAAAGAAAUAGUGGCGUGCUCUCGACGAAAGCGAAAAACGGGACCUCCCAUUGGCUUAAAAUGACUGAAAUGCGGGAAAAACUCACGAUAGAUGCGAAAUAUUUGAAGAAUGCAUUCUCAAAUUUGGGACUGUUAUAUCUUUUAUAGAAUUUUUAGUUAAAAUUGUCUAUAUAAGAUUCGUCUAUUCUAAAUAAGAAAGUUAUAUAGCUUUCUGAGAUAAUAGAUUUGGAUAUUGGAAUUCAAAAGAGCCAAGAAAGUUGUCUAAAAAUGAGUAGGACGCAUUAUCUGAUAUUUCUAUUGAAAACCGUCUAUUGAAUUCAAUAUGAAGAAACACUAAAAAUAAUGAAAAGAUUGGCAGCUUUUUAUAAAACUAAUUUUUAUUGUUUUCUUCAGAAAAUUUGCAAACAAAUCCAACUUUGAGAUCGCAUUCUUCGUUCUCGUUUCCGUUUCCAUUACAGUCGUUGCUACUUCCGAGGAGGAAUGCAAUAAGUUGUCGGACAAUGUGCGGACAAGAGAAACACCUUUUUCCUUAUCGUGCCUGAAAAUCCAAGCGUCAUCGACUAGAUUCCAAGGGCAGCUGCGAUUUCAAAAAAUCGCGAGAAAGGGAUUGCGACUGUGUAUUUUUUCCAUCACAAUUAAUGGUUUUUAUACAUUUAUAAUUCACGAAAUGCGUACGCAGGGCACGAUAAAAAAGAAACGAGACACAGUGUCGCGUUCUUUCUCGGAUGCGCGAAAUGGACCAUGUCCCUCCCUCUCCCCCAACUGAAUCAAACUCGAACACCACUUAGAUGUAUUCGUCCACCGGAACUUCAAAAUACCGGAUGUGUAUCGAGACUAGUCGUGAUUUAUCAUAUCUUAUAGGUCGCUAGUGCGUGCUUAAGUGCGUGCAGUCUCUUCGGCUUGGAAACGGAGACGAUGAUUCGAUCAAACGAACGCUUCCGUUCUUGUGCCGCGCUUGUUUGCGUUCUCGCUGCAAAUUCUUUUACUUUAACCUCAUCAAUUAUUAUAUCCAUUUUUUGAUAGCUUUAUUUCUUGCAAAAUACAAUAACAAGAGAAAAACAAAUCCAUCAAAGAGAAAGAUCAUCAAAGCUUUAUAUCAAAAUUUACUUUGUUUUAUUCAAUUAAUAUGUCAAUUUUUUGGAGCAGGAAGAUUACAGAUUUUAUACACGUAUACAUAGCUAUUAUUGAAUUUACUUACAAUUUUCGUUGGACGCAAUUCGCGAGCUUCUCCUGUGAUUUCUCGUAGAGAAAAUAUUGUUGGUUGCGUUUGUAUGAUCAUUUGACACGGCAAUUAUAUUCAUUUAUAUUCGAUCACAAAAAAUUAUGCGCAAAUCUUCGCACUGCGCGGCUUCGAUAAGUUUAUUAAUUGAACACAAAGUUUAGAAGGUACGUUUUCUCUUAACACCCUUGGUUUACUAUUAAACUCGCGCUUUUUUCGAAGAUGUAUAUCCAUCUAUAUCACGUCAAUAAAUCUGGCAGUAAAAACUUGCACGAGAGCGAGAGAGAAUUCAUUCGUCUAGUUUUAAGUAUACGCGCCGAAGCACACGUGGAAAUUUAAUCCCGGAGUAUGUAUAUGUAUAUACACACAUAUAUUUUUUUCUGAGUAAAAGUUUCCAGAAAACUUUGGCAUAAGUAAAAUGAAUUAUUUUCUACGUAAAUGAUAAGUGAGAAAAACUCUCGAUUUAUUUUUUUUACGGACAACCGUAUUAUUUUUGCGAGAGAAACGUUUGUGGGAUUGCGUUGUGCAACGAGUUCUGGCCACUUGCGCGUUUCUGACGUUUAGAUUAGUGAAAUUCAGUUGUUAAUAAGUGUUAUCGAUGAUCCCGUCGAAAGAGAAAAUCAUCAGUCUCGUUCUAAGACGAAUUCGAGAUACCGUGAAAACUCGAUACAGAAGACUGCAAGAUAGCACACCAGAUUUUUACGAGCGACUACUAUCGGAUCCGAGAAAAGGCAAAAUGCGAAUAGCGUUAGCGUUUAGUGAUCGCGUCGUGCGUUAUCGCAAGCGACGUGCGCGAAUCUCGCACAAAAUCGUCAUGUAAAAUCCUCUCGAUCGCAAAGAGUCAACACAGUUUGAUUUCGUGCGCGCGUUUCUCUCGUUGCUUCUAAUUAUUCGCGACUUUCGUCGUACGUUAAUUUCCUGUAUCGCAAAAUUGCAAUUUCCGAGCGUUGCUUAUCUGGGGAAACUUUUGGUGGACAAUAAAACGCGGAAGUUUGUAUCAACUUUGAAGUCUUCGGAGUACCUCUCAUUAGUAGCAUUCUAUUAAUUUUUCGAUGUACCAUAAUAAAAUAAUUUUAUAAAUUGAUUUUCCCCUCCCCCAUUGCUAUUUUUAUUAUUAUUUAUCAAUCAGCUUUCUAUACUUUGGCGCGAGAGGCUUGAUCGCGGAGAAAAACUUUCUUCUUGCAAUUGCAAAACACGUAAUGUGAUCAAUGAUACGUGCACGGUGUAACUUUGCAACUGCUUUGUUUAAACGCGAUAUAGUUACACGAUGCGACCCGUGAGAUCUCACUUUCGAAUUUGUACCGUCCCCGGAAGUGUGCAAUGCUAGAAUUUAAGCGAGGACUGUUUCUCGACGUACAGUUUUCUCUUUUCCGGGAAAAGUUCACUAAAAUAAGCAAAAAUAAUUUGUUAAUUAAAUUCUCAUUGAUUAUAGCCGAUAAAUAUAAUCAACACGCGAAGCGUGUUCCUUACGAGGGGGUAUUAUUAUUCGAUACUUUUAGUAUUUUUAAAUUCCAUAUUAUAUCAUUAUAAUUUUAUAUAAAUCUAUUCAAUGUAUUCGUGUAUGUAUUUAAUGUGUUCGGAAAUACUUUUGAAAAACUUGAAGAAAUAUUUCUGAAACUAGUGAUUUGAUCAAAUCUGCAUCUCGAACAAAAUUGAAAUUUAUUCAUGGGAGAAAAGAAAAUGACAAAUAUAUUUCACUUUAUAAUAAUCAUUAGACGAUUUCUGAAUUGCGCACAUUAUUAAUUAAAGAGCAUCAGCGAUUAGUUUUACGUUUUUCUGUGUUUUUACGUUUAUGUAAAUGAUAAAAAUUGAAAUUCUUUCUAGAGAGAAUUGAAAUAAAAGGAUAUAAACAAAGUUAAAAAUAUUUAAAAGCGAAAGCUGUACGGUCUCGUACAGCCUUUGGUAGCAAGAAAGUUGUCUCCGACGUCAGCCUCUUUUGUAAUAUUAUUGUUACGAGAAUUUCGAGAAAGUCCCUUUUUCCUAAGACUAAACUAAAACGUAACGAUAGCUGCGAUUAUACAUAUGCAAUUAUAUCUGUAAAUAAUUCACGAAUGUAAAGAUUCUAAUAAAAUUUAUCAAUAA